UGUGGGGGUCAAGCUUCUCAGCUCUCUUUCUCACAUACUCAUACUGAGACACACACACUUGCACCCUUUAGAUACAAACCUUGCCUGUCUUUAUUUUUCAGCCAACUGGAUGGUAGUUUGCAGAAGAAUUCUGAUUGGCCUGUACACAAGCGGCAGUGGCAGCUGCAGGAGGCAAGAGAGCAACAGAAAGAGGGAGACAGUGGUACAGAGAGACAGGAGCAGAGCUCAGAGUAAUCGUAAGAGGACAGAGAAGGGAACUUGUGUCAGUGUGGGUGCUGAAGCAGGAGAAUGACAUGCUGGAUAAAGGGGCAGUGAUGAUGGCCGAUAAAUGUCCAGGUCACAGUGAGAGCCUCCGGUCAUAACAACACUAGUUCCAUCAAGAUCCAUCAGAAGAAGCAGACAGCAUGCAAAACCUCCGGCAUGCAGCUUCUGAGGCUUUCCAACGUCUCGGGUUAAAACAAAGACAUCUGGGCUAUGAAGAGCUGGGAGAGCUGGACGGGGAGGAGAAACCACAGCCGCACUGGUUUCACACGCUGCAGGUGCGACGGCUCCGAGUUCAGAGGGGCCGCAGUAACAGCGAUCCUAUGGGAGGAAAGAGCUUCCAGCAAGACUUCCAGUGGAAAACUGGCCUGCAGUUUGGGAAUGCAACAUCUUAUCUGAAUCUUGAAAAACUUGGAGAGGGCACAUAUGCCUCAGUGUACAAAGGAAUUAGCAGGAUAAAUGGUCAUCUUGUGGCUUUAAAGGUGAUUCACAUGAAAACUGAGGAAGGAAUUCCAUUCACAGCUAUUAGAGAAGCCUCCUUGUUAAAGGGCCUUAAACAUGCUAACAUAGUCUUGCUUCACGACAUCAUCCACACGCGAGACUCUCUCACCUUUGUCUUUGAGUAUGUGCAAACAGAUUUGGCUCAAUACAUGAUUCAGCAUCCUGGCGGACUUCACUCGUACAACAUCAGGCUCUUCAUGUUUCAGCUGCUGCGAGGAUUGUCUUACAUUCACAGCAGAAGAAUUCUGCACCGAGACCUCAAACCUCAAAAUUUGCUCAUCAGUUAUUUGGGGGAACUCAAAUUAGCCGAUUUUGGUCUGGCCCGAUCUAAGUCCAUACCGUGCCAAACAUACUCUUCCCAGGUUGUGACUUUAUGGUACCGGCCGCCAGAUGUUCUUAUGGGCUCCACUGAUUACUCCACAGCCCUAGACAUCUGGGGAGCCGGCUGCAUUUUUAUUGAGAUGCUACAGGGGUCACCAGCGUUUCCUGGACUAGCUGACGUCUUUGAGCAGCUGCUGAAGAUUUGGGCAGUCCUCGGGGUCCCGACCGAGGAGGGCUGGCCAGGUGUCAGUGAUCUACCGAACUAUAAACCAGAGUGGUUCCUGCCCUGCAAGCCCAAGCAAUUUCGAGAUGUCUGGAAAAGACUCGCUCAGCUACCUUAUAAGACGGAGGAUCUGGCCCAGCAGAUGCUGAUGAUGAAUCCAAAGGACAGGAUUUCAGCCCAGGAUGCAUUGCUACAUCCAUAUUUCAACACACUUCCACCUCCGUUAAUGCAUCUAAGGGACACUGUGUCAGUCUUUAAGGUGCCGGGCGUGAGGUUAGAGACGGAAGCGAGGGAUAUCUUCAGCCCCAGCAGACGAAUGAAAUCGCCUCUUGCUCCGCUGGCCAAGUGCUGGUGAAAAUCUCUCCAUUGUAAAUAGUUGGUGUGCUUGUAAAACCAAAAACACACCAGCAUGAGUAAACGUGACACUGUUGCAGCAUGACGGUUAAGUUUGUAUGUUGUUUAUUCAGAACAUAAUCACCUUUUUCAAAUAAUAUCAGAUUCUCUUUCAAAAGAUUCAUGUUUUUACAUUUUGGACCAGUAUUAACUAAAAAUGUUUUGCAGUCGAUCUUGGUGAUCCAAGUCAAAGCUGAUUUCAUCAGGAUCCACUUCAUUUCAAACACAUUCUAUAUUUUGAGAUCAAUAUCCACCUUAUUUUUUAACUUAAGAAGGGUGCGGCAUUUUGAAACUUGAAUGUGCGAGGCUUCCAGUUUCAAUUUAGCUGUACAAAAAUAAUCCUUUAUGCUGCUUGAUAUUGCAAACUGGUAUUUGUUAUCAUAUUAUUUGAAUUCAUUAUUGUAAACAUAAACUGACUAGUUUGCUUAACCAUUUACAGAUUUUUCUUAUUCUUCUAGUUAUUUACCUGGAGCAGUUAAUGAAUUGGAAGUCUUGCAUAUUCACAGAAAAUAGCUUACUUUUACGUAUUCCUGCCCCUUUUUGCAAACUGAUGUCCAGAGACUGCUUACAGCAUACUUCCAUUGUGAAUAAGUUUCAGUUAAAUGCACUUCAUUUUUAUAUGUAAUUUAGUUUUUGUAUAUAUUGCACAGAAAAGAGAAUGAGUGUGCGAGAGAUGAUUUUGAAAUAUGAUAUGAAAAUAUGUGGAAGAAUAUUCCAAAGCUCUAUUGUGUAGUGUUCAGGUAAAAAAAAAAAUGACUUGUAUGCAUUCAUAAAACACACCUGGAGAGAAUCUCACCCGAAAUUACCUGUUUUUGUACAGCACAUAC